CCUCAUACCCUUCUUGUUCCAUUGUGGACAGUACAUUCAUUUCCUUUCUACAACCUCUCACACAUCCGACUUCCUCAACACUGCACCAUGCUGCGUACUAUCUCUGCUCGCCUUGCUCCUCGCUCCGCUGCAAGAAUCGCACCUCGCGUAGUUGUCAGCAGAGUCGCCAAUUAUUCGUCUGCUACUGGAGACAAGUUGGAUGCCCCUGGUUCCAGUAAGGAUGUCGAUCCCAAGAUCGUCUCCAUCGUUGAUCAGAUCUCUGGACUGACCCUUCUUCAAACCGCUGAUCUGGUUUCAUUAUUGAAGACUCGCUUGAAUAUCCAGGAGAUUGCCAUGCCUGUUGGAGGCGUCUCUCCUGCAGCUGCCCCUGCUGCAGCUGCUCCUGCUGAGGAGGAAAAGCCUGCUGAGAAGACCGAGUUCAACGUCAAGCUUGAGAAGUUUGAUGCUGCUGCCAAGGCAAAGUUGAUCCGUGAGAUCAAGAACAUCAUCCCUGGCAUUAACUUGGUUGAGGCCAAGAAGUUUGUUGAGAGCGCACCAAAGGUUGUCAAGGAAGGCUUGCCUAAGGCUGAUGCUGAGAAGUUGAAGAAGACUCUUGAGGAUCUGGGUGCCACAGUCUCUUUGGAGUAAAUCAACAGGAAAAGCAUCAUGAUCAAACAAUAGGUGAAGGCGGAGGAUUUGAAACCAUAAAGCGGUUUAAUACUUGCCAGUAGGAGAGUAUGAUUUUUCUUUUAUUUUAAACGAAUCGCCUCAAAUAUCAACUGGAUCUCAUCUUAUUUUUU